CUAAAAUAACUUGGGCAUAGAACUUUUGUAACGGCGUCUUUUUAAUGUUGCUCCUCUUUAACUAACAUCCUCGCGAUUUAUUAGCACUUAUCUGCUUUAGCAAGCCAUCUACAUUGUUUUUCUUCCACUGGGUUGUGUCAUUUUCUCCAUUCACUCAUUAGAGGAAACCGAAUAUCGUCUGCUGGGAAGAGAGAGGCUGGGACAACAUCCGCCAAGUGACAGCCUGAAUACCAAGUGACUGUCACCCCUUUCUCUCUCCACUCUUCUGCUCCUCUCCACCCUCGCCUCCACCAUGAAGGUCUUCGAGGACAUAAAGAUGCUCAUCCACCCUUAUCACUCUAUUAAUUUGGUGAUGAGCUUGAGCUUCCUGAUGGCGAGAUAUGUGCCCGGCCUCUGUGAGCUGAUCUUCGCCCCUGCCCAGUGCGGGGAGCUGAGUAUGUGGGAGUCUGAGGUGCUGUUCUUCAUGCUGGUGAUCAUCAUGUUUCGCACACGCAAAAGUGGGAGCCGCACCAUGAUAGCGUACAUCUCCGUGUUCAACAUGUAUGCCAAGCUGUGCAAUGUGGUGCUGUGGUUCAGCAGUGAUGCUGUGUAUGGCAUCAUUUACAUCAUCAUUGCUAUUGUUCACUUCUUGGUGGUGGGUGAACCAGUGUACAGUGGGCCAGAGAAGGUUAUCUAUUUCCAAGGCAAGGCAUUUGAUGAUGAGAUGGCCAAUGACCCCCAGACUGUGUGGUUUAUCACUUUCUUCACUGCCUGGAGCCCAGCAUGCUCCAGCCUUGCACCAAUCUUUGCAAAACUUUCUGCUGAGUACAGUCUUGAUAAUCUCAAGUUUGGCAAGAUUGAUGUUGGACGUUACCCAGAUGCGGCCAAACAUUACCACAUCAAUGACACCACCUUCUCCCUCCAGCUUCCCACCAUAUCACUGUUCAGGGAAGGCAAGGAGGUGGAGAGACGCCCUUGUUUGGAUGCACAAGCUAAAUUCAGAAAGUUCUACUUUACAGAAGACAACAUUAAGGCAGCAUUUGACAUGAACAACAUUCAUAUGGAGUGCAAUAAAAUUCUGGAAUCAAAGAAAGGCAAGAAAGAAAUCCAUGCAAAAUCUGAGUAAUGCUGGGACAUGUGAAAAGUUUGUACAUAUUUUAGUUGUUAAGAAAAUUGAAGAAUAUGAGAAUUUCUUUUAAAGGCUAUAAUCUUAAGCUCGUGGCCAAAAACUUUAGUACAUUUGACUCACUAUCUCUGGAAAAAACAUGUUUUACCAUUGAAAUUUGGUUGUGAAAUAUAAAAGCCACAUAUGAAGUUUUUCCUUUUGCACAUAAAUAUAAAACUAUGAGCACUUUUUGCAUACUUCACUAGUGCUCCUUGUGGUAUGUUUGUUAUCCUCAUGUUGUGUGACUGACUUAAAAUAAAUUUGUUUGUGCAUGUCGGAGGAAGAAAUGGAAAAAAAAUUGUACAGAUAGUGUUAAGUUUUUUUUAUAAACCAAUUUGUUGAAAUAUUAAAAAAAUGUGUUGGGUGACAGUUGUUUUGAA